CUCGCACUACUCUAACCCUGCAAACCUCAACCAGCCUCUCUCGCACGGGACAUUUCCGAUCCCCAGCCCAAUGGGCACUGCUACAAUGACUAUAUACCACUACUUUACCCAAUGCUACACAUUUCUUUGUCUCAUGCCCUUCUGCACACAUAGGUAUCUCGCUCCUACACACUGCUGCCACAUGCCCACAAGCUUGACACCUGAAGCAACGUAAUGUAACCGGCACAAAAGUUCGUACAGGAAAACAUAUAUCCUAACAGCACUUUGUCGGGCAGACUCAACAUCAAAACUCAAAAGAACAGACAAUGACUCUUCUGUUUCUCCACUCACGCAUCAAACGACGAGCGUCACGAACACCGGGAAUCUUCCCCUUCAGUUGGUCAGCUUUUACCGCGACCCCAGUAAUCACUCCUUUCAAUGGCGCCCUUUUCUGGAGAGCAAAACAAUUCACACCUCUUGUCCCCAUUCGUUUAAACGUGGAGCGACUGCUCCCUCGGACCAGCAGAAACACAUACAAUUACCACAAGACCACUUCUGGUUACCCUCACCGAUUCCACAGCACCCAAUUCCAUUUUCUCCCACCCUGAAACCACAAAUGGAUCAGCCAAAAGGCAGGCGUCCACUUUUUCCAAAAACUUCACUCCUGCUGUCACAGACUCAUCUUUAUCCUGACUCUCGGUGCACGCCUCGGGCUCCGAUAACUUCACCACCUCCUUUUUCCCCCAACAUUUUUACCAGACUCAAGUUCACCCUCUUCCUCCAUCUCUCUCUGAGACCUCCUCCGCCACUCGUUUCCCCUCCACUCCUCCUCCAUUUCCAAGUCAAGAUAAUACUGCACUUCUCCUGACAUACAUCUUGUUCUUGCCUUGUCAAGGGACACCAUUUAACCAGGCUGUCACAAUCUCUGUACAAUCAGCACUUGGCGCCACCUACUGUUCUGGAGUGUGAGGCCAAAUGUUGUUAUUGUUGUUGUUCUUCUAACAAUUGUUCUAGGGGCAUGCUGCCACCUACUGUAUUGGCUGUGUAUCAUCCUACUAUUAUGUAGUUUGAAUCAAUUACAGUUUGAAUCAAUUACACAUCUACACUGUUUUUCGGAUCUAUUUUAUGUUAUUUUAAUGGACAAAAAAAAGUGUUUCUCUUUCAAAAACAAGGACAUUUCUCUCUCAUAUAUAUAUAUAUAUAAAUAAUACGCCACACAACUGCCUCAGCAAUACUGUAAUGCACACACAGCGUUAAAUCGGAAAUGAAUGUACUUCUGGUGUUCCAAAUCGGGGGAGGGGAAAACUGUUGGUGUGAUCGAGGCGUCGUCCUGGUCCGCAAGCGUUCCCGGAAGUAUCGCGAUGUUGCGUCUCUCGGUUUAGAAACUGUGCUAGUACACUGCUUAAUAUCUAUGGUGGAAAACGCCACAUUUUCGAAAUGGCAUACCUCGAGUUCAAGUUUGAGGACGAAAUAACUAAAUACAUUCGGGAACAAGAAUUGGAAACGUCACUGAAAUUCAUAACAUUGAGAAAGGACAAAAGUUUUGGGCAAAAGGAUGCACAGCCUUUGGCACGGAAAAAACUCAGCUGGGAGAGUAAAAGUAUCCCGUUCAAUGGUGUUCCGUUUCAAGUUGUUGGCACAAAGACGUAUGAAUGCCACCAGGGCAAAGACAGACAGACAAAAGCCAAAGAGAAAUAUGCUGCUGAAAGAGACAAGAAGGAACUUGAAGACCAUACCUUUCUACAGAAACGGAAACUGGUACAAAAUACCAAAAAGGUGGACUGCAAGGCUAUAAUAAACAUCGCCCACGUUAUUCGCUUUCCUGAUUUUAAGAUUGAGGAAAGUACAGUGUGCUCUAAAAAGGAGGCCUCCCAAACUCUGAAGGCAGCACUAAGUGAAACGCCCAGCUCCGUGAAGGCAGAGGUUGUCUACUGCGUCAGGUUCCCCUCCCUCUCUGAGCACAGCUCACAUGCAGUUGUUGGCGAGGCAGCUCAUGUUAGGGAAGCUGUAGAUGCCAGGCUGAGAGAGAAGAUUGAGCAGCUGACUCUGUCUGGUGUGAGAAAGAUGACUGAAAUGAAGUGUCAUCUGAACACCUUUGUAGUGGAAGAGCUUUUCCACGGAGAGCAGCCCCCUCCACCUACUCGCAGGCGCUAUUACCCUACUGACAGUGACAUAAGAAAUGUCAUGUUUAAGACCAAGCGGGCCACCGGAGACUCCAACAUUGACCGUCCAUACGAAGGUCCAUCUGGAAGAGGAAAGAAGAGGUCCUCUAGGAAGCUGUUGCGGUUACGGAGGCAAUGUGCAGGAUAUCUUAAAGAGAUCACAGAACUCACUUAUCAUCUCGAAGAGGAACAGUACGUGACUGACCUGUCUUCACAGCUCAGAAGCGUGUUGCUGGAUAUGAAGGCCCAUGUUCCACAGGAUAAAGACCUUCCACUGACCUUUUCUCCAAGGAAGAGAAAAGCUGAGAUGGACAUGGACCUCAUUCCAACCAAGAGUGCAUCACACCCUUUCAUAGAUGGGUUAGAACAGCAUACAGAGGACAUAGUGAGUGUGGAUACCUUGUUGGCAUUGAGCCUAGGGCUGAGGACCGAGUGUGUGGGUCCUUCCUCAAAUUGAGUAUAUUUUGGGUAGUGUAACUUUUAUUUCAACUAAUAUUAGCAUUCUGUCAACACAACUUGAUAAGGGGGGGUUCUUAAUUUGUGUUUGUUUGAUUUUUGACAACAUACAGUGGGUUCGGAAAGUUCAGACACCUGCCUUUUAUCCACAUUUUGUUACGUUACAACCUAAUUCUAAAAUUGAUUCAUUUAUUUCCUCAUUAAUCUACACACAAUACCCCAUGAUGACAUCACAAUGCCCCAUGAUGACAUCACAAUACCCCAUGAUGACAUCACAAUACCCCAUGAUGACAUCACAAUACCCCAUGAUGACUAAGCAAAAACAGGUCUAGAAAUGUUAGCAAUUAUUUUAAUUUUGUUAAUAAAAAUGAAAUAUUACAUUUA